UCGAUAAAGAGGAUGUUCUCCUUUUCCCUUUUUGUCAAGCGUCUGGUCUAGUUGCGGUAUCAUGGGCUCGAACUUCUCGCGUUCACUCAUUCAACUUACCUGGGGAUUUCAUCCUCCUUCGUCAAAUCUUUCUCCUGGCAAGAAGUACCUCAGUGAAGAAUGUCAGUCGUCAAGGACGUGGCACUUGGCAUCAUGGCCUGGACGAAGACGCCGCGCACCCCGACCUACAGAAAGCUCAAUGUCGAAAGUGAUGCUGAAGCUUUGCGGUCUCCCGGUCCAUAUGUCAACCAAAUCUUCUCACAUAGACUCCAAAGGACGUCUCCCAAAGCUUUGUUCAAGCUUGUUGUCCCAGUUCUUCUCUUCUCUGGGCUACUUUUUGCCGUUAGCCGUACAAAUAUCACACAAUACAUACCCGAUCCGAACAGAAAUGUGCUAUCUUCGUUACCGCCGGUGGAGAAAGGUGGCCAGCGACAUCUCAGAAUAAUCGUGCCGGCGGAUGGUCCAUCGCCAGACCUAUGCAAAAUGCUCAUGUCGGGUAUUGCAUCCGGUUAUCCCAGCUCGGUCAUUGUCAACUGGGGCCGCGACUUUCAAAAAUCUCCUGGAGGGUUUGGAGGCUCUCAUCUCGGCAAGAUCGAUGGCACUCUCGCGUUCCUUGAUUCUAUCACCUCCGAGGAGGCUCCAGAUGACGAACGCCUAGGACCAGACGACCUUGUCCUUCUCGUCGACGCCUACGAUGUUUGGUUCCAGCUUCCACCAUCCGUCCUCAUUCGACGAUACAUGGCGCAGAAUUAUGCUGCAGACGAACGCAUUCGCAAGGACUGGGCAGGAUCUCGUUCUUGGUUCUCAUCGGACUCGAAAAAGAGCCUCGUACCGCGGCAAUCCAUCAUCAUUUCGACCCAGAAGAAAUGCUGGCCUGAUGCAAGUCUUGGUUCUGACCCCCACUGUGACGACCUUCCUCAGUCCAGUGCACGGGAAGACAUGUACGGCCCCCAUACGGACGAAGACCCCAAGCAAAUACAUGACCUUCGCCCACGGUACGUCAACAGCGGAAGUCUUAUGGGUCCUGUCGGGGAUAUGAAGCGCAUGUUCCGUCGUGCACAAGAGAAAGUCGAUGAAAAGCAAGCUGCCGGUGCAGGGAUCUUCAGCGACCAAGGUAUUUUUGCCGAGAUCUUUGGCGAGCAAGAGAUUUGGCGGACUUCCAAGCGACAGAAUCACGAUGACUGGGUGAAACUCCAAGCUGAUCAUCCUGAAAAAGCUGCUCAGGAAGCUCAGCAAAACGACUUCAAUGUCGGUCUAGACUACAUCCAAGAUCUUUUCACUCCUACUGUGUUCGAAGAAGACGAUGGGCUCUACAUCGUGUCAUCGGAUGGUCCUGGACUUCGACAAGCUGCUGCUGAUAGAGGCAUUGAUCCACCAAGGGUGGCUGGCAUCCCAGAAGACAUGCUUGGUUUACGCAGCCCUAUCCAAGAGUCUGACAUCGACAAGACUAUGGGAUGGCAGGAUCUUCCUCUUUACACAGAUUUCUGGAGCACUUCGGUGCCAGUUGUGGUACACCACAAUGCCCAUCGCAAUGGGUUGAAAGGCCAGAGACUGCGCGAUUGGUGGAAGAACAACUGGUUCUUUCCUUAUCUCCGAAUUUUGUUAGAGCUGCACUCAAAACCCCGAGAGGCUUUGGAGCCGCUGUUCAGAGCUCCGGGCCGCAAUGGGGUGGAGGACUUGGUCUACAAAGCACCAGCUGCAGAUGCUAAGAAAAGGAAACCCCGCAUCUUCAAGAAGCAGGACCUCAAGGAGCAAGGGCUAGCAGAAGCAGACUGGAACAGUUUGUGUAAGUCUGAGGGCCAUGACGAGUGGUGGAACGAGGUUUUGCAGGACAACGAAGGGCCUCUUUAGUACAGAGGGCCAGCGUGUUACCUUUGUACGAUGUCGUCUUCGUUUCAAGUAACUAUACUCCUCGAUAGAGUUUUCAAUGAGUUCAAAUGGCUAUAAACCGCACUUCAUGGCUCAGAGCUCUUUUUCCAGCGUUGAAUCGACCUAAGAGAC